AUGUUUCAGGAAGUUUCGACAUAUACAGAGCCAGCGCCAAGCGAAGAGGAUGAGAUUCCAGUAGGAGAAACAGUUGAUGCACUGAGGGCUCAGCUGGAGGACGUGCAGAGGAAACUAAAUGCCAAAACUGACUCGUUGAAUAUUUUGGAGAAGGCGAAAAAUGAUAAUGAUUGGAGUCUCGGCGAGCACAAGCAGUGGCUAGCAGAUGCCAACGAAAGGGCUAACCAGCUGAAUGCGUUAUGUCAGGAGAAGGAGCACGCCAUCCAGGACCUGGAGAACAGACUACGCGAAGCAGAAGCAAAUACUCAGGAAGUUAUCAAGUAA